AGUAAGACUAAAUAUCCAAUAAAAUUAAGAGUAAGUUAUUAAAUAUAUAUUUUUUACAUAAAAUAAAAAUAUUUAUAAAUUCUCUAAAGUUUGAAUUCAGUGUAUUGGUUGUAUCAAACACAAGCCCCUAUGAUUAUCACCAAGCCUUUUCAUUUUGUUCACCAUUUUAAACUUAGCUCUUUGAUUGAUUCAUGCAAAUCCAUGCAACAAAUUAAGCAAACCCAUGCACACUUAAUCACCACAGCUCAAAUCUCACACCUUGUUAUAGCCAACAAAUUCCUCAAGCAUGUUGCUUUAUCUUCACUUUUUUACGCCCACAAACUGUUCGAUCAAAUUCCUCAACCAGACUUAUUCAUUUACAACACCAUGAUCAAAGAGAAUUCUCUGUCACCCCAUUCUUGCUUUAAUUCACUUGCGGUGUUCCGCAUGUUAAUCCGGGAUUCGGGUCUUUCUCUGAAUCGGUAUAGCUUUGUGUUUGCUUUUGGUGCAUGUGGAAAUGGGUUGUGUGUGAGGGAGGGGGAGCAGGUUUUUUCACAUGCUGUGAAAAGUGGUUUGGAUAACAAUGUGUUUGUUGUAAAUGCGUUGAUUGGUAUGUAUGGAAAGAUGGGACUUGUUGAGGAUGGAAGGAAGGUUUUCAAUUCGGCUGUGGAUAAAGACUUGUUUAGUUGGAACACUAUGAUUGCUGCUUAUGUUGGGUCAGGGGACAUGGUUCUAGCUAAGGAAUUGUUUGAUGAAAUGCAUGAAAGAGAUGUUGUGUCAUGGAGUACUAUAAUAGCUGGUUAUGUUCAGGCUGGCUGUUUCAUGGAGGCUUUGGAUUUCUUCCACAAGAUGUUGCAAGCUGGGGUCAAACCAAAUGAAUAUACCAUGGUAAGCGCUCUUGCAGCCUGUUCAAAUCUUGUUGCGUUGGAUCAAGGAAAGUGGAUCCAUGUUUACAUUCGGAGGGACAAGAUUAGGAUGAAUGAUAGGCUUCUUGCUAGCCUAAUUGACAUGUAUGCAAAGUGUGGAGAGAUAGAAUCCGCAUCAAGUGUUUUCUAUGAACACAAAGUGAAGCGAAAGGUUUGGCCAUGGAAUGCCAUGAUUGGCGGGUUAGCAAUGCAUGGAAAACCUGAAGAAGCUAUAAAUCUCUUUGAACAAAUGAAGGUUGAAAAAGUUUCUCCUAACAAAGUAACAUUCAUUGCCUUAUUAAAUGCUUGUAGCCAUGGGUAUAUGGUUAAAGAGGGAAAAUUAUAUUUUGAAUUGAUGACAAGUGAUUAUGGAAUUAGCCCUGAAUUAGAGCAUUAUGGGUGUAUGGUAGAUUUACUAAGUCGUUCCGGGCUCUUGAUGGAGGCUGAAAACAUGAUUUUGAGCAUGCCAAUGGCUCCGGAUGUUGCGAUUUGGGGAGCAUUGUUGAAUGCUUGUAGAAUCUAUAAAGAUAUGGAUCGCGGAUAUAGAAUAGGUAGGAUAAUUAAAGAAAUUGAUCCGGACCAUAUAGGGUGUCAUGUUCUGUUGGGUAAUAUAUAUUCUACAUCUGGGAGAUUCAAUGAAGCAAGAACAUUGAGAGACAGUAGUGACAGGAGAAAGGUCCCCGGUUGCAGCUCAAUUGAAUUGAAAGGAUUAUUCCAUCAAUUCCUUGUUGGAGAUCGAUCACAUCCGCAAAGUAGGGAGAUUUAUUUAUUUUUGGACGAGAUGAUAAGCAAGUUGAAGAUUGCUGGGUAUGUUCCCGAGUUAGCGGAAGUUUUGCAUGAUAUUGAUGAUGAGGAAGACAAAGAGACUGCUCUUUCUGUACACAGUGAGAAGUUGGCGAUUGCUUUUGGACUGAUGAACACGGAACCUGGAACUCCAAUUCGCAUUGUGAAGAAUUUAAGAGUUUGUGCGGAUUGUCAUCAAGCAACAAAAUUCAUAUCCAUGGUUUAUGAUCGAGUAAUUAUAGUUCGAGAUAGGAUGAGGUAUCACCACUUCAAAGAUGGAGUUUGUUCUUGCAAAGACUACUGGUAGAUGAGGGAAAUAUUAUUCAACCCUAAUCCCUAUUGGUUAAAUUGCGACACUCUCCAUGCAGUGACAUUUGUGAGGCAGUUUCAAUUGUUUUGUACGUUCCUGCAUAGUGUCUGAGGAGGAGCCAGUAUCUUGAAAGUUCGGUUGAUUUGAAAAGCUCUAAAGAAGGUUAAAAUUCUUCUAUUUUUGCAAGGUAAGGAUUAAACAAUAUGCUUUCCAAAGGAAAAAAAAAUUGUUUUCUCUAUGCAUCAAAGUGAGUUUGUGGAGCAUGUGUUGCUGUAUACCUGUAAAUUGAAAAUGUAGUUUCUGUUUUGUUUUGUGUUUUUCCAACAGUUUGGUCCUUGUUGGCAAACACACUUGGCCCUUACUGGUUACACUUCUGCUUCCAAAUCAUAUUAAUGCCUCAGGUAUGAUCUUGAGAUCUAGGAACUGAUGAGGUUGAAAGAAAUGUAUUCUGUAAAAGAAUAAUAAAAAAUCCAAAACUUUUGUUUUGUGCGAUUAAUAUGAGAAUGUUAAUUCUAUAACAUGUACUAAACAUAUGCUAGUUCUUCUUGACUCAGAGAUCUCUGUUUUUAACAAAGCUUGUGUGUUUUUUGCGCUUACUUCCAUAAGUUUUGAUUGUAACAAACUUUAUAAUCUAAUACUGCAGAAGCCUUCUUGCCACAUUUGAUAAUCCUUUUAGUGAGUACCUUUGGUGUAGGAGUUAAACAGUUGUCAUAUGAUGGGAAUGCAACUACCGAUAAGGGUAUUAUAGACAAAUCUAAAAUAUGGAGGGUUUAUGAAAGGAAGACUAAGAAGACUAACAGUGGCUGAGUUUAGUGAAGUGUUUUAGUAAUUAGUAUGAAGUAAUAUUUUAUUUUAUAUUAAAUUUGUAAUGAAGAUUUUAUGAAUAAUAUGUUCUUAAAAGAGAUAUGAUUCAAUAAAAUCUCUUUAAUCAUAUGAAUAUUUUAUUAGUAUUAUACAAUAAAGAUUGUAUGAAUAAUAUCUUCUUUAUAAAUAAGUCGAUGUGUUCUGCUUAUUUGUGAGAAAAAUGGAGAUGCCAAUAUUUUCCGGUGAGGAUCCGGACGGGUGGA